AUGGAUGCAGCUGCACUUUUGUGCAAUAUCUGUCCCAAGCGGCCCACAUUCAGCGAUGCAUCGCACUUGCUUACCCAUAUCUCGUCAAAGGCACACUUGUCCCACUAUUUCAAACUUCAAGUACGCAGUCAUCAAGAGCAGCAUGCAGUGGCCUUGCUACGUGAAUAUGACAGAUGGUAUAAGAGAAACAACUUAGCAAAGUUGCUUUCGGAUCGGAUGUCCUCGAAAGAAGCCCGCAAGAAAAAAAUACAAGAAAAAUCAUAUACGGAGAGCGAGACUGAUAAUGCUACAGUGCCAGUAUCCACUGCAAGUCCUUCAUCCCAGAACCCACUCCCUGAUUAUCUGGACCCACGUCUCUCUCGCUCAUAUGUCAUUGAAGACGAGGCUGAGGACACAAACACGCCAUACUCUUCAGCCAAUGCCGCUCCUAGUGACCCGUCUUAUAAUCUCAUGCAUACUUACCCUGGAUUAGAAGACCACUCGUUGGCCUCAGUAGCCUCUCCGACAAAGACAGCACAGAAUUCAUGCAACCUCUGGAAGCAAGAACAAAUGCAAAGGGCGGAAGACGAGGACAUUCCGGUGCAAACUGCAUUUUACUGGGCAAAGGCACCGGACAACGAAGCAGACGUGGCCCCCCAGCCAUCCGGCCAAUACGGCUGUGAUCCAUUUAUCGACGACAACGAGAAUGACAGUAUUUAUUUUCCCGCCACAAAUGAGAUGGAGAAGGAAAGAGUAGAUGAAAUAGCCAGACUCAAGGGUGUGCUGUGGCCUGGAAUGGAUAUCUUUGACUCGGCUACCGAACAGAUGAGACGCAGACGCAAUCAGAAGAAGGAUGAAAGUAUCUUGAAGCUCAUGGAGAAGACGUCCCUUUGCGUGGAGCCCACAGAGCUCGUCUUUUCCCCUACCGGAAUUUUACGGAAGCAGCGUGUGAUCUCAGGUAAUGUUGAGGACAGCAGCCCCCUCAAAGGGGAGACGCCCAUUCCCAAACGUCGAGUAAACCGUCCCAAAAGGGUCCUCUCUCAAGUUGACCCUAACAUCCAACGUGGACAAAGUAGGAAGCGAACUAGAAGGACCACCAAGCGCAAUGGAAACUUGGUGGAUAGAGAUACAAGAGGAAGAGAUAUAGAGUUCCCGAAGGCAUCCCUAGGGCCCCAGCGGCUGCUUCGCUAUGGCAGUCGCGAGGAUGAUAUGGACGAAUUUGAAUUGUCUUUCAAAGGGACUAAGCUCAAACCUCGUACCGGAUUUACAAUCUUUCACGAUGGACCAAAUCAGUACAUUGCCGGUUCUACGGAUUCUCACUGUGGCGAUGGAACUUAUUCUGUGGCGUCGGCUUCCUCUCAUCCUCUAUACCUCCUGAAAGAUUUCACACUUCAUCAUGAUGCUUAUCCACUAUCACCUGGUGACCAAUCUUCUGCAGUGGCUGGACGGGCGCAUGGUCUGACCAUGGACAAGGAGAACAUUGAACCACUCCUGGAUAUUCGUGGCCGCAUUGAUCCUUUGAUGGACUGGCAUGCCCCUUCUCUCACGGAGCAUGUAACCGGCGAAAUCUGUUACCCACCACAGUACUUUUUCAGAGAUCCUCGACCAGUUGGCUUCAGAUCAUUCGAUAACCAGGAAAGCCCCACUGGAUACUCAUAUAACCCUUUGGCCGUUUCACUCCCCGGGUUGCCCGUUGACGAUGGUCCAAUGUAUAGUCCAAAACCAGAACAUAGACCGAACAACCAGUAUGAACCACUGCUUGGCUCACCCGAGUCAACAAUUUCGGACGUUGAUGAAAGCGAGUUUGGCCGACUUUACCUGGACGGGAGCUCGUUCUAA